AUGAGCACACAAUCGACCUCCUCAACGGCGGAGAACAAUGCGUCUGACCAAAUUCCGGCGAAUGGUAUCUCGAAUAUACCAAAUAUCUCGAAAAGUGUCAUUAAACCAUCACGUGAUCCGAUUGGCUCCCCGUUAAAGAACCAGAACACUUCGCUCAGUUCGCCAGGGACAUCAGCGCUCGAUGCAGCGGUCAAGGACCAAAUAGAAGCCGCACUGGCGAUAGAAGGACGAGACUCCGCGACCAUGACACGGGGAAUGGACAGCGAAGCAAAGACAACG